AUGACAACCGUUUCACCAAUGAAUAAUGAAACAAAUGAUUAUGAAGAAUUUUUAAAACAAUUCAAAUUACUGAAUACUAUAUCAGCUGAAUUUCGUAAUGUAUGUACAAUACUUGGUACAGAAUUAGAUUGUUCAUUAGUAAGAAAAAAUCUUAUUAAUUUACAAAGAUAUAUGAUGUAUGAAUUACAAAAUACUCAAUAUCAAUUAAUUAAAUGUUGGCGUAAUGCUAAUAUUGGUCUAUCAACCAAUAUAACAAGUGAACAAUCUGAUCAAUUAUUUUCUGUAUUUACAACUUAUAUUGAAUAUCAUAUGAGAGCAUUAUUAAAAACACUUCAUCUAAUAACAUUGUUUCCUUCAAUAAAUUUACAAUUUAAUUCUAAUACUACUAAUAUAAAUAAAAAUGAUGAUCAGGUAGAAGAUAAAAAAUCUGAGAACCAUGAAUUUAUCAAUCAUGAAGUUGUAAUACAAAAUGAUUCAUCAUGGAUAUUAGCAUCUAAUAAAUUAUUACAAACUAAUAUUAGUUCAUUAAUUAAUACUGGAUAUACUAAAUCAUUAGAAUUAGGAAUAGAUCAAAAUGAUAUUUCAUUGUUAUUAGCUGAUAAAACUAAUAUAGACAAUAAUGAUGUUGAUGAUAAUGAUGAUAAUGAUCAAAAGAUCACAGGGAAUUCAACUCUCUCUGAAAUUGAUAUAUUGAAAAAUGAAUAUUGUACUUUACAAACUGCAUUACAUGAUAUUUCGUCAUUAGUUUGUGUUACACCAUGGAAUGUAUUGGCAUUUCCUGUUGAUAUAGAACAACGUUUAUCUUUACAAGAAUCAACAUCAACUAUACAUCCACGUAAAAGUCAAUUAAGUAAUCGUUUACAAACUUUUAAUAAAAAAAGUACAUUAAGUAGUAUAAAUUCAUUAAAUCUAAGUACAUCAUUUGGACAAAAUAAAAUACAUAUUUUACCUACUAUAAAUGAAUUACCAAUUCAUUAUAAAUUAUGUGAUAUAUUAAAGAAUUAUAUAAAAAGAAAACGAGUUUUUGCAUUUCUAUUCAUUGGUACUUUUAUAAUUACAGUUUUAAUUAUUCUAAUAAUAUUAUUCAUUGUCAUAUUUCCUAA